AUGUCUGGUAAGCAGUACUCUUGGUCCGAGUUGGCCAAACAUAACACUGAAGAUGACUGCUGGGUAGCCAUCGACGGAAAGAUAUACGAUAUAACCAAAUGGGUACCAGAACAUCCAGGUGGAAAGGAGAUAUUGUUGUUGUCUGCUGGACGUGAUGUUACCAACUUGUUUGAGAGCUAUCACCCAAUGUCUGAUAAGCCACAAGCGAUAAUUGGCAAAUACCAGGUGGGAGUGUUGUCCUCGAUGGAGCACCCCAAGUACGUUGCAAAGAGCAAGUUCUACUCGUCGCUGAGGGAGCGCGUGCGCGCACACUUCAAGGCCACGCAGCAGGACCCACAGAUGUCCGUGUCGAUGGUGACACGUCUGUCCUUUGUCGUGCUGCUCGACAUUGUCGUCUACCUGAUGGCCCACUACCUCACCUCCAACUUUGCCCUCAACUGUCUGCUCGCCCUCAUGUUUGGCGUGUCGCAGGCUUGGCUCGCCAUGCACAUGAUGCACGACGCCAGUCACGCUGCCGUCUCGCACAACCCACUCGUCUGGAAGGCCUUGGGCGCCUUCUUCAACUUUGUGACCGGUGCCUCCUUCUUUGCCUGGAAUCACCAGCACGUCAUUGGCCACCACCUCUACACUAACGUCCGUGGCGCUGACCCCGAUGUCGGCGAGGGCGAGGUCGACUUCCGUGUUGUCACACCAUACCAGCGCCGCGAGUGGUACCACAAGUACCAGCACAUCUACGCGCCAAUCCUCUACGGACUGUACACAAUGAAGACCCGUCUGCAGGACGUCGAGGCUUUCAUCAGACACUUCAACGGCCCCAUUCGCGUCGGCCCACCAACCACCUUUGACACGACCUCCUAUCUGGUCGGCAAGGCUUCGUUCAUCAUUUUCCGUUUCAUCCUGCCCCUGCAGUACCACUCGGUCGCCGAUCUGGCCGUCUUCUUUGUGUUGGCCGAACUGAUGCACGGCUGGUACCUGACCAUCAACUUCCAGGUGUCGCACAUUGCCGACGACCUGACUUUCUACGCCACCCCAGACAAGCCCGAGGAGCCAAGCCAGUUCGAGGAGGACUGGGCCAUCUCCCAGAUGAAGACCACCCAGGACUAUGGCCACGGCUCGAUCGCCUGCAACUUCCUGUCGGGAGGACUCAACCAUCAAGUCGUUCACCAUUUGCUGCCAUCAAUCUCGCAGGACUACUAUCCACAGUUGGUGCCCAUCCUCAAGGAGGUGUGCCAAGAGUUUGGCGUCAAGUACCACUUUAAGGCCAACUUCACCGAGGCCAUCAAGUCACAUAUCAACUACCUCUACCGUAUGGGCAAUGACCCAGACUAUGUCAGACAGCCAAUCAACAGCAAGAAGACAAAGUAA